UUAGCGUUAAAUCAAAGAGGCGCCUUUACCAGAUCUAAAAAUAUCCAAAAUUGGGGCUUUAGGGUUUAUAAAGAACACCCCCAAAAACUCAAAUCCUCAAUCUUAGUACAAUCUCAAAUUCUCAAUCAAUGGACAAGUACGAGAAGCUCGAAAAGGUCGGUGAAGGAACCUACGGUAAAGUCUACAAAGCAAUGGAGAAAACCACCGGUAACCUCGUCGCUCUGAAGAAGACGAGACUCGAGAUGGACGAAGAAGGUAUACCACCAACGGCACUUCGCGAGAUCUCUCUUCUCCAGAUGCUUUCUCAAUCAAUCUACAUCGUUCGUCUCCUCUGCGUCGAACAUGUUCUUCAAUCCAAAGACUCCUCGAUCUCAUCCUCACCGUCGUCUCCACCUGUUGUUGUUACUCACUCUCCCAAAUCAAACCUCUAUCUCGUUUUCGAGUAUCUCGAUACUGAUCUCAAGAAGUUUAUAGAUUCUCAUAGGAAAGGUUCGAAUCCUAGACCGCUUGAGUCUUCACUUGUGCAGAGGUUUAUGUUUCAGCUUUUGAAAGGUGUGGCGCAUUUUCAUAGCCAUGGUGUGCUUCACCGUGAUCUUAAACCGCAGAAUCUUCUUUUGGAUAAGGAUAAAGGGAUUCUUAAGAUUGCUGAUUUGGGUCUUAGUCGUGCUUUUACUGUGCCUCUUAAGGCUUAUACUCAUGAGAUUGUUACGUUAUGGUAUAGAGCUCCUGAGGUUUUGCUUGGUUCUACUCAUUACUCUACUGCUGUUGAUAUGUGGUCUGUUGGUUGCAUAUUUGCUGAGAUGAUUAGGAGGCAAGCUCUCUUCCCUGGUGAUUCUGAGUUUCAGCAGCUGCUUCAUAUUUUCAGAACAUGGUUUUGUUUUGGGUUCUGGAGAUUCCUAGGAACACCAACUGAGCAGCAAUGGCCGGGUGUAAUGGCAUUGCGUGACUGGCAUGUCUAUCCAAAGUGGGAAUCGCAAGACUUAUCACGUGCUGUUCCAUCUCUAUCUCCUGAAGGAAUUGAUCUUCUCACGCAAAUGCUGAGGUACAACCCAGCUGAUAGAAUCUCAGCAAAAGCAGCUAUGGAUCAUCCCUACUUUGACAGCCUUGACAAAUCUCAGUUCUGACCUCUGGCAAUUUGCAAGCUUGUAUUACCCAUCAGCCUUCUCUCUGGAGUUUUGAAGCUGAUGGCUCAAAUUCCUUGUCACCACCAUCAUCUUGGAGUCUUAUUCUGUGUGUUUAAGAGAGAUUUGUACUUAUACAAAAGAAACUGAACAGCUUGUUUGUCCAAUUGAAGAGAAUGCAAAUGUGUUAUUUGCUGCUACGUUAUAACCACAAUUGCUAUUCAAAUAGACAAGUAAAUUACAGAUCA